AUGUCCCUCGCAGACGUCGAAGCAGCGCCCCGCGCCCCCAACCCCUUCCCCCCAACCCCCGACAACGUCCUACAGCAAUUCUCCAUGAAAGACAAAGUCGUCGCCAUCACAGGCGCCUCGGACGGCAUCGGCUACGCCGUGGCCGAAGCCAUCGCAGAGGCCGGCGGCAACGUGGCCCUGCUGUACAAUUCCAACAAGGCCGCUGAGGAGAAGGCCCCGCUGCUGGCGAAGCAGCAUGGUGUUAAGGUGAGUGCGUAUCGGUUGGAUGUUUCGGAUCCGGGGGAGGUGGAGAGGGUGGUGAAUUUGGUGGCGGGGGAGUUUGGACGGUUGGAUGUUUUUGUGGCGAAUUCGGGAGCGGCGAUUAGCAAACCCAUCCUGGAACAGUCCAUCGAGGAGUACAAGCACCUCGUUAACUACAUCUCUCAACUGACGUCUCCCUACCACCACACGGUCGACGGCACCUUCUACUGCGCCAAAUUCGCCGGCCACAUCUUCAAAUCCCAAGGCUUCGGCAACCUAAUCAUAACCUCCUCCAUCUCCGCACACAUCGUCAACGUCCCCGUGGACCAACCGGUCUACAACGCCACCAAAGCGGCCAUCUCACAUCUAGGAAAAUCGCUCGCGCGCGAGUGGCGGGACUUCGCGCGCGUGAAUGUCGUGAGUCCCGGCUUCUUCGACACGAAGCUGGGGGCGGCGCCGAAGGUGCGGAAUGAAGCGUAUCGCAUGGCGGUGUUGGGCCGUCAGGGCCAUACGCGGGAGAUUAAGGGGUUGUUUUUGUAUUUGGCGAGUGACGCGAGUAGUUAUCAGACGGGGAGUGAUGUUAUUAUCGAUGGGGGGUAUACGCUGCCUUGA